AUGGGUAUUGAUACUGAUGCUGCACAAAUUGGGCAACUGGAUACGUGGUUCUGGAUGGGCACACCUUGGGUCGAGGGUGAGGCGCCUUCUGCGCUGCUUGACGUGGCGAUGAAGUGUCACUUUGGGGCUCAUGGACGAGCCAAGCAUGGAGUGGGUGCUGAGUGGGAAGGCGCCGAUGGAGCUGGGCGCUGUUGGAGGGGCGUUCAUGGCGCAAGAAGGGCACCCAUAGCGCUGGGCACUGUUGGAGAGGCGCCUAAGGUGCUUCUUGUGAAGCAGGACUGA